AUGAGAAUGGGAAAGACCAUAAGUGAAGUGGGAGUGGAUGAUUUGGUGAAAGCCGGCGUAGAGAUUGAGGAGGCCAUAGAUUUUGAAAGACAGCUCAAAGAUGCAAUUAAUGAUGGUGAUGCUGGAUUCGACCCAAAGGAGCUGUGGCGGGAGGUCGUAGCUCGGAAAUUGCUGAAACCAUGGCAUCCACAUGGCGUGCACCAGCUUAUCUACUACUCCGUCUACCAUAACUAUGACGAAUCCAUUCAUGGCCCUCCUCUUUAUUGGUUCCCUACACCAUAUCAAUCUAGAUGCACAAACUUGGGGCGCAUCAUGGAAUCCCAUGGUCCAAGGCUUUUAGGGGCAUUGUACAAGGAUCCAAUGACAACUUUCAGACAAUUUCAUAAGUUCUCUGUCCAGCAUCCUGAGAUAUACUGGUCCAUUAUUCUGAAUGAGCUUUCACUUAACUUUGCUGUGGCACCAAAAUGUAUUCUGGAUACCUCGAACAAAUCCAAACCUGGGGGAACAUGGCUUCCUGGUUCAGCUUUGAAUAUUGCUGAUUGUUGUCUGCAAUCAAAUAAAUAUUUGAAGAAGGAGGAUGAUAGCUUAGCAAUUGUAUGGCGUAGUGAAGGAUUUGAUGAUCAAAAUGUGGAUCAUAUGACAUUAAAGCAGCUUCGGGAAAAAGUAAUGUUGGUAGCAAAUGCUCUCGAUGUGACAUUCUCCAAGGGAGAUGCUAUUGCCAUUGACAUGCCAAUGACAGCCACUGCAGUGAUUAUAUACUUGGCAAUCGUACUUGCAGGAUUUAUUGUUGUGUCAAUUGCUGACAGCUUUGCAGCAAAUGAAAUUGCAACCCGUUUGUGUGUCUCCAAGGCAAAAGCAAUUUUUACACAGGAUUUUAUAGUACGAGGAGGACAAAGGUUUCCUUUAUACAGUCGAGUAGUACAAGCUGCUCCAUAUAAAGUUGUAGUGGUUCCAGCAACUGGAAAUGAUAUCGAUGUUCAUUUAAGAAACCAGGACUUAUCGUGGAAAGCUUUUCUUUCAAGUGUCGAUCACCUACCUGGAUCAAAUUAUUAUUUUCCAGUUUAUCAACCCAUAGACUCUGUCACUAAUAUAUUAUUUUCAUCUGGAACCUCAGGAGAUCCAAAAGCUAUUCCAUGGACUCAUCUUUCUCCAAUCCGAUGUGCUUCUGAUUCAUGGACACAUACUGAUCUUCAAGCUGGAGACAUUUUUUGUUGGCCAACAAAUUUAGGCUGGGUUGUGGGACCAAUUUUACUUUAUUCAUGCUUUUUAACUGGUGCGACUCUGGCUCUCUAUCAUGGAUCUCCUCUAGGUCGUGGUUUUGGGAGAUUUAUCCAGGAUGCAGGAGUGACCAUGUUGGGGACCGUCCCUAGCUUAGUGAAGACCUGGAAGAUAACAAAUUGUAUGGAAGGCCUAGAUUGGACAAAAAUAAAGUCAUUUUGUUCUGGAGGAGAAGCCUCCAACAUUGAUGAUGAUCUCUGGCUCUCUUCAAGGGCUUACUAUAAGCCAAUUGUUGAAUGUUGUGGAGGCACAGAGCUUUCAUCGGCCUACAUUCAAGGAAACCUUAUGCAACCACAAGCCUUUGGGGCAUUUAGCUCUGCCUCAUUGUCCACAGGUUUUGUGAUCCUCAAUGAAAGUGGCCUACCUUAUCCAGAUGAUCAAGCUUGUAUUGGUGAAGUGGGCUUAUUUCCUCGUUACAUGGGAGCAACUGAUAGACUGCUGAAUGCUGAUCAUGAUGAGGUUUACUUCAAGGGAAUGCCAAUAUACAAAGGAAUGCAACUUAGGAGACACGGUGACAUAAUAAAGAGAACUAUUGGUGGAUUUCUGAUGGUGCAGGGAAGAGCUGAUGAUACCAUGAAUCUAGGUGGCAUUAAGACGAGCUCAAUUGAAAUUGAACGUGUUUGUGACGGGGCUGAUGAAAGUGUCUUGGAAACUACUGCGGUCAGUACUGCACCCCCAAAUGGUGGUCCAGAACAGUUGGCUAUAUUUGUGGUAUUGAAGACAGGAUUUGAAAUCGAGUCAGAUAUGCUUAAGUUGAAAUUCUCAAGAUCUAUCCAGACCAAGCUUAACCCUUUGUUCAAGGUGAGCUUUGUGAAGAUCGUCCCAGUGUUUCCUCGAACAGCAACAAAUAAGCUAUUGAGGAGAGUGUUAAGGGAUCAAUUGAAACUGGAGCUUCAGAUACACAGUAAAAUAUAA